AUGACCUUACGAAAGAAGUUAGACAAUUAUAAUGAAGAACAAUCUUCUAUUACACCUAAACGACCAUUACUCUCACGAGAUCGUAUUAUGGGUAUAUUCAAUGAAAUAUCUCCUCUUUCUGAUUAUAAUUCUCAUUGUGAACAACGUAAACCUAUUGAAUCAAUUAAAAAUGAUCAAUCAUCAAUAUCGACUAUUGACAGUUGCAUGUUUACUGUUAGUCCACCACAAUCAUCAAGUCGAUCAACAGUUAUUGACGAUGAUGACAGUACUUAUAUACCUGUUUAUACACAGAGAAAAGCUCGACCAGCUCCAUCAACAACUUGGAAAGCUCCUGUAUCAUAUCCUAAAUCUUCUACAAUGAUAAAGACAAGUCAUGAAUCAUUAUUACCUACUCCUGAACUACGACCACCAAGUCCUCCAAUAAUAUCGUUUCAACCAGCUAUACGAGCACGUAUUCCAUUUAAUCUCUCCUCAAUAAAUACUAUUGAUAAACAAGCGCAUGCAUAUACAUUAUGGUUGAAUACUUUAUUUACACCUGUUGAAUUUCUAUGUAAUACAACUGUAAAUCAAUCCAUACCAAAUGAAGAAACAACAACAUCAUCAAUGAAAACAUUUAAAUCUUUGAUUGAAUCAAAUCGUUGGUAUGCAUUACGUGAUCGAGCUCGAGAAAUGUUUACACAUGAUAUUCAAUCAAUUGCUACAAAAAUCAGUGCUGAUAUUGAUAUUGAUCAUUGUCGAAUAAAUCCUAAACCUGAUCUAAUAUUUUCAGCUAGAACAGUUAGUCGACAAGUCUUCUUAAAAUUUAUUUCAUCUUAUAAUCGUACAUGGUUUCGUCUUGCAAUGGAAAUUUUAUUUCCAAUAAAUAUUGAAAAUUAUCAACAAAUGAAAUUAGCUAUUGAUCAAUAUCUUAUUCAAUCUCCUAUACAUACAACACCAUCCAUCAAUGAACUUAAUUCAAAGAAAACAAAUCUUAUCAAUUCUAAUAAUAAAACUGCAUCAGCACAAAUUCGUUUAACAAUGAAAAAUUUACUUAUAAUUAUUAUUUUUCUUGAACGUGCAAAAAUCUUACGUUUAAUUGAUAAUGAUCCAUGUUUAUAUAAUCGUGAUUCAAAAUUUAAAUCAACAAAAGAAUCACUUGAUGUUCUAUCACGUGAUUUUAUUAGUUCAGAUACAAAUCUAUUACGUCGUCUUAAAUUAGCUGGUUAUGAACCAACAUACAAACAAACAUGUCUUGAUGAAUAUAAUUAUUUAAUAACAAAUACGGAAAAUAAAUUAUUUGAUGAUUUAAAAGAUGGUAUACGUUUAACACGUUGUGCACAAAUAUUAUUAUCAUCAACAAAUGAACAUGUUGCAAGAUUUGAUUUAUCAACGAAAUUAAAAUGUCCAGUAGUUAAUCUUGUUCAUAAAUUACUUAAUAUUGAUCAAGCAUUUGAAUUACUUCAAACAUAUGGACAUGUUAAUUUAACUGGAAUUUCAAAUAAAGAUAUUAUGAAUGGUAACAAGCAACGUACUCUUGAAUUACUCUGGCGUAUUUUUACUAUUUGCUAUUUACCUAAACAUCUAUCUCCAAUUGAUAAAUUAAAUCAAGAAAUUUUUAUUCUUUCACAAAAUUUAUUAAAAUUCUGUUCAUCUACUGAACAACGUCUUAUUACAACUGAUAUAAGACCUUUACAAAAAGAAAAUCAUAAUUUUACAUCAACUAUUCAUUUAUUAAUUAAAUGGGUACAAUUAAUUUGUGCACAUUAUAAAUUUUGGUUAUAUGAUUUACAAGAAUCAUUUGCUGAUGGACGUGCAUUUCUUUAUAUUAUUUCAUAUUAUUUUCCAUCUCUAUGUGAUUAUACACGUGAUAUAAAACAUUUAACAACAUUAGCAACAUGUCAAACACGUGAUGAACAUAUACAAUUUAAUCUUGAACUUGGACGACAACAACAACCAUUAAUAAAUAUUUAUGAACGAAAUGUUAAAUCAAAUUUUCGAUUUCUAGAAGAAUGUAUUAAACAAUUUGGUACAUUUUCAUAUGAUCUUAUUAAAUAUGAAUAUUAUGCAAAAGAUGUACCUGAUGAACGAUAUACAAUUAUGAUCUUAGCUAUGCUUGCACAUGAUUUACUUUUUUCAAAUAAUGAAAAUAAUAAUAUUCGUCAACAAUCGAUAUUCGAAGAAUUAAAAGAAAAAUAUUCAAAUAAUGAUGAUAAUGAACCUAUCAUAGAAAUGAAGAAAGAGGAGAUAUUUAUUAAUAAAUUUUUAAAUCAACAAGAAAUUGAAAUAGUACGAGAGAAUUUAAUUAAUUCUUCAGAAAUUUCUCUAUCAAAUGAUACUCGUGUAGAAGAAUUAAUAACUCUCAACUAUUCAAAUAUUUAUUCAACGAAUAAUACUCAUAUUAUACCUAUUAUUCAAUCUGAAGAAGAAGAAGAUAAGAGAAAAAUCAUUGAUCUUUCUCAAUCAGUUUUGGAUACAAUGAAUUAUGAUAUUCUUAAUCGUUUGGAAGUAUUAUCUGAAUUCAAUAAUAACGAUGAUGAUGAUGAAGAAGAAGAUGAAGAAUCAUUUAGUUCAGCAAGAUCAAAUUCAACAAGAAUAGAUCAUCAUCGAACAUCAAUUGCAACAACAAUGGCAACACUUUCAUUAGAUGAUUUUGUUGAAUUAGAAAAAACAAUUGAAAAUGAAGAAAAUAAAAAUAAUACAUCGUUAUGUCUUAUUGAUGAAACUAUUUCAUCAGAAGUUGAUAGUAUUGAAUUAAAUAAAUUAGCUGAAGCAUCUUUUGUUGAUCCAGUUAAUACGAAAAUGAUUAAAGAAACAUUUACAUUGUUUUUGUCUCAUCAACAACAACAAACACUUAGAAAUGAAGAAUCAAUCAAUUCCAAUAAUCAUUCUAAUGAACAACAAUCAAAAAUUGAACGUGAAACACAUGCUGCAGAAAUUGUUCAAGCUCAUUGGCGUGGACAUCAAGUUCGUGUUGAUAAUGAACGUAAUGAUCAUCCAAUUGUUUCUAUUCUUGAAAAAAUUCGUUCACAUAAUUCAAUAAAUAAACCAUCGUUAACUAUACGUGAACGUAUGAUGCAAAUUGUACAAGAAUUUUAUGAUGCAUCAGCAUUAUCACUCACUGCUUAUAUACAUUUUUUACGUGAUAUUGAACCAAUUAUAGCUUGUUGUGUUGAAAUACGUUAUUUAAUAGCUCAACAAGGUUUAUUACGUUUGUUUUUUAUUUUAAUGAGAUGUUGUAAUCGAAGUGGUCCAUCAACUAUUUUACUUAGUAAAAUAUUACAUAUUUUACAAUUAUUUACUGUUAAACAUGAACUUAUUUUAAAAUUAAUUGAUAAACAAGAACAAAUUAAAGAUUUUAUUACACUUUUACUUAAAUAUUAUCAGAAAAAUAGUUGUGAAUUAUUUGAACAAAUUUGCUUUUUACUUCAAACAAUGGUUAAAGAUGAAAAAAUUCGAAAAAAACUACGAUCAAAUAAAUCAUUUACGGAAGCUAUUGAAUAUGUUUAUAAACGUAUAUUUAAUAAAUUAUCAGUUGAAGAUGACAAACAUCGACAACAAGUAAGAUCAACACCAAAACAAUCGAUUAAAUCAAUAAGAUGUCGAACGACUUCAUUAAAUCAAACAUCAAUUUCUUAUCGAACUCCGAACAUAAUACGAUCUUCAAUUGGUGUUCAAAAUGAGAAUAUUUCAAAAAAUCUUGUUUCAAUUGAACAAUUUAUGAAAAUUUUUUAUUGUGAUUAA